AUGAGAGAGCAGCACGACACAAGCCUUUCCCCACCCUCAGCUCAUUCCCACCCUUCAGCGAGGUGUAUGCGGAGUACGUUGCGGCGUACCAGCGCACGCUGGGCAUCCCCGGCGCCGUGGAGUUCUCGCAUGGCCCCGACGGCGUGCCCUGCGUCCGCUUGCUUCACCCCACCGGCUCCAGCGCCACUGUCAGCCUGUCAGGCGCCGGGGUCCUGA